AACGACGUAUAGGCAACAGAGAGCACCACAAACAAACUACUUAAUAGCGUCAAAAUGAAGUCGGUUCAAGUUGAUAGAAGUGUGUCUGCCGGCGGGCUGCACGGUGAACUGACGGAGGGAGGAUGUGUCUACAUGUGCGGGAUGUGUCCAUCGUGCAUCUUUGCGCCCCAUCCUCCAGCCUCCACCCGGUGUCUCUGGAAGGCGUCGGAUGAGUUCAAGAGGACGUUCGUGGUGGAGCUGCUGCUGCGGUGCAAAAGCAUCAAAGUGCUCGAAAGUAUCCAGAGUGUUCUGGGUGUCACGUCGUGGAGUUUAUUCACUUACGCCCGGUCGAGGAGACCAGUCUCACCGCAGGAUUACCCGAGACUCUCACACCGGACCCUGUUGGAUGGGAAACCUCUGGGCCUGGACCUGAAUGAGAUCUGUAACUGGUUCAACAGCAGACCAGACUGGAUGCAGUCGCACUAUCUCUGCAGUCUGUUCUCUCUCUGUGACUCGGAGCUGUUACGCAUGUUGGCUAAUUUAACCAGCGUGCUUCUGGUCAGGCAAAAACGAGGGUUUCUUUCUAAUGUGAGUAGUGCCAGUCAGCGAGAUCAGGUCAGGUAUGGAGACUCAGAGGAUCCUGCUCUCAUGGUGGUGCUCGGUUCCUCAAAGUCCAUGUCUGGAGUCAGCCGGUACAAAGACUUCAUAAGCUGCCUACCGGUUGAUCUGUCAAAGAGGAUAUUAGGUCUGUUACGUGAGAACACUUUGAGACGCUGCAACAAGGUUUGUCGACGCUGGGAGCAACUCGCACAGGAAACCGUGGCGGAAAUCAAGUUCAGAAGAAGUUUUCAGGAUCAAAUUACGACGAUGAUGAAGAAGUGGAAAAGUAUUAAAAUUGUCAGCCCUACUUACGCCAACAUCGUUGAAGUGCCCAUACCUGACAAGGAUGAUGAAAAAGUGGAUAUUCAUCCCAGUGUCCAAAAGUUCAAGACAUUUGAAGCUGCUUACGCCAAAAUCGAAACCAAGACGGUGCAAAUGGAAGAGCGAAAUGUUUACUGUGGUGCAUAUUUUACCACGGUGCUGCUGGACAAAGAGGACACACAUCGGGUGGUGGACUACAGAGGAGGAUUGUUUAUGGCGACGGGCUCCAAAGACCGCACGGUGCAGCUGCUUCAUGUGGCGUCAGAAACUAAAGUGGUGUCUGUGAUGAAGGGCCACGUGGGCAGCAUCCGGGUUGUGCUGCUCUGUGAGGACAGGAGCCUGCUGAUAACCGGCAGCUGCGAUGCGAGUAUACGGUGUUGGUGUUUGAAGACAGACGCGUGCGUGAUGAUGCUGUACGGUCACAGUGGCACCGUCAACAGCCUGGAUGUCCAUGAUGAUACACUUGUCUCUGGAGCUAAAGACUGUCUCAUAAAAGUGUGGAGUCUAACCACAGGGAAGCAGCUUGAGGACUUUCAUUUCAAGCACUCGACUCCCGUCCAAUGUGUUAGGCUCAACACGACAACGCUGUACAGCAGCUGCGAUCAGGGCCUCGUCAAAGUAUGGGACAUGGAGACCGCAUCGCUGCUCAGAGUGAUUGAUGCCCAUAAGAACUCAGUGAGGUGCCUGUUUGUCGACGAAUGGCACUUUUUAUCCGGGGACUCCAGCGGUCAGGUCAAGGCCUGGAGCAUCAACUGUGACGUUAAAGAGUGUCUCAUGACCUUCAACCACCAAAAGGAGGUAAAAUCUCUGACUCUCGUCUACCUCCGUCUCGUUACUGGCUGUGUGGACGGAAAGAUUCGCAUAUUUAAUUUCCUCACCGGAGAUUGUCUAAGAGAAAUCACGGCGGAGACUGAAGCAGGCCGAAUACUGUCCCUGCACUUCCAUGACAACCGUAUAUUGGUGAACACGACAUACAGUGUGAAGCUCUACCAGUUUGCCAAAGUGUUCUGGGAUUACACUGAGUCGACAGAGGCAGACCAGGGAGAAGUGGUGGCUCAGGACGGUUUGGUUUCUGAGAAAUCUGCAGCUUCGCUCAGAAAGCUUUCCUUCACCUCCGUCGGGGCCGAUCACAGCCAAACGAUACACAACUGUAACAAGAAGCAGCUCUGCCACGCCUGCUCCCCGCCUACCCAGGCUAAAUGUCGAGCACAAGCCGGAGAACGCGGUGAGACGGCCAAACAGUCGGUGAUGCUGAGUGAGAAGGCAGCGAGUGAACGGAUGAAGAGGAGGGGGCUUCAUCAUCCUCUGACACGCGAUUCCAUCCUCCUCAAGAUCAAUGCCAUCCAGAAGGCGCAGUGCAUAGAUGAUGAGGUCACCAUCAACAUGGAGAGCAACGCCAGGCUGAGAGAUUCCUGGGGCCCUCAAACGUUUCAGGAUGACCCGAAACAGAGCCCGCAGACUCAGACGUGUCACACACCUGGUGGUCAUCCCAGGAGGCCCAUGACCUGUGUUCCCAUUUUAAAGAGAGCCCUCAGUCAAAAUAUGACACAGCCUCGCAGUGCUGACACACACAGGGCGACCAAGAGAGUGAGUGGAUUCACUACAAGUGCCACAGAGGGGCCACCGGCUCCUGAGUACACGAGGUCGCUACCUAAUCUGGAACGCUCCAUGAAAACUAGCACUAGCUUGCCCAGGAUCAGCCCUGUGGGUCCACUCAGAGAGCAGGGAGGACAGCUGGAUUGUCAGGCCAAGAAGGAUCUCAUGGAGCAAAAACCGUCCAAGAGGAAUAAGAAGCAGGAGAAAACAUUGUGAAGAAAGUCACAUUUAUGCUAUUUUUAAGAUAUAAUGUGUCAGCAGAACUCUAUCUCCACUGCACGGUGGGUGUUCUGGACAUUUUUGUUAGUCCAAGGCACCAUAUUAAUAAACAUGAUGUUUCAUUAAAACUCCACUAGGGGUCAGUAUUGUAUCAUCUGAUUGUGGCUGGACCAGAAUCCAGGAUUAUUAAACAGUAGUUUUACAGUAUGCUUUAGAUUUUAUUUGACUUUUAUUUCCUUUUCAUUUGUAGUUUGAUUAUUUAUCAGUGUUAAGUUUGUAUUUUUUAGAAUUUUU